GUCUCUCUGUCUUUAAUAUAUAUUUGUUUGUGUAUAUCAAUGGAGUAUACAUAAUGUUUAUCUAUGUAAUAUCAUAAUUCAUAUGUAUUUUAUUUAUUUAUUUUGCUUCAAUUUUUAUUAAUGUACAAUUCUACACUAUAUUAUAUUUCUUUCCUUAAAUAACUUCUUAUGUCAUUUUCUUCAAAUUCUUAAUUAUAUUUAUAUAUAUAUAUAUAUAUAUUUGCUGUCAGAAUGAGAAGAACAAGAAAGAGAAGCUCUUUGUGUUAUGACCCAUAUCAUAAAUAAAUCUUUCCCAUUUUAGCUUGAGAAAAUAUUUGUUUCUCUUCCAAAAAUAUUUAUUGGGUAUUUUCCAGAUUUUAUUUCAGAUGUGAAAAAUCAGUACAAGAAGAGAUAUAAAGAUCAAAGGAAGAAACUUUGGUGUUUUUGGCUCAAUAAAGAUUGGAUUUUUAUGUUCUGUUUUUUUUACAGAGAAAUAUGCUUUAGCAAUUCAGUCAAUCAUUGAAGAAAAAACAAAUUUUCUCAAAUGGGGUAUGCUAAUUCAAGAUCUGUAAGAUUUCAAGAUGAUCUUGAAUUAACAAAACUACCUAUAGUUAAUGGAGAUGAUAAAGAUGUUAAGGCUCAAUACAAGAUUGAUGGGACUCAAAUACAAGAACAAAGUUCUAAGAAGAGUGAUCAUGGAAGGAGAGUAGUAACAUCAUUAAAAUCCAAAGUUUUGUCUAGAGUUUUCUCUGAGGAUUAUGAAAGAGUUCAGAAGAAGAUACUCGAUCCUCGGGGUCCUAUAAUUCGUCGUUGGAACAAGAUUUUCUUAGUAACUUGUUUGAUUUCAUUGUUUGUUGACCCUUUAUUCUUUUACUUGCCAAUGGUGAGAAAAGAACAAUGCAUUGACAUUGGAACUCACCUUGAAGUAGCUCUCACAAUCAUUAGAUCAUUUGCAGAUGCCUUUUACAUGAUUCAAAUUUUCAUCAGAUUUCGUACAGCUUACAUAGCGCCUUCCUCUCGAGUGUUCGGGAGAGGAGAGCUUGUUAUUGACACUAAGAAGAUCGCGAGGAGUUACUUGCGCCAAAACUUUUGGAUUGACCUCUUAGCUGCUUUGCCUCUUCCUCAGGUGUUGAUUUGGAUUGUUAUUCCUAAUCUUGGUGGCUCAACGAUGACAAACACCAAGAACUUUCUUCGGUUCAUCUUAAUCUUUCAGUAUCUCCCGCGAUUGUUUCUUAUAUUUCCUUUGUCAUCACAAAUCGUUAAGGCUACUGGUGUUGUCACUGAAACAGCUUGGGCUGGUGCUGCAUACAAUCUUAUUCUCUACAUGUUAGCAAGCCAUGUUUUAGGUGCUUGUUGGUACCUUCUAUCAAUUGAAAGAGAAGAAGCAUGUUGGAAAAGUGCUUGUGACAAAGAGAAAAUCUUUUGCAAAAGUGAAUACUUUGAUUGUGACAUGUCUAAAGACCUCAAUAGGCAAAGUUGGUUCCAAAAAAGCAAUGUCACAUUACUAUGCAGCCCAGAUAAUACAUUUUAUGAGUAUGGUAUUUAUGGUGAUGCAGUCACUUUUAAUGUUACAAUUGCAACUUUCUUCAACAAGUAUUUUUACUGUCUUUGGUGGGGACUAAGAAAUCUAAGUUCCUUGGGGCAAAAUUUAUCAACAAGUACUUUUGUUGGAGAAAUCAUUUUUGCAAUUAUUAUUGCAACUCUUGGAUUGGUUCUCUUUGCUUUGCUUAUUGGCAAUAUGCAGACGUAUUUGCAAUCGACGACGGUUCGAUUAGAAGAGUGGAGAAUCAAAAGAACUGACACUGAACAAUGGAUGCAUCAUAGACAACUGCCUCCGGAGUUGAGGCAGUCAGUUCGAAAAUAUGAUCAGUAUAAGUGGGUGGCUACUAGAGGUGUUGAUGAAGAAACUCUUCUUAAAGGGUUACCUAUGGAUCUUCGUCGAGAUAUCAAGCGCCAUCUUUGUCUUGAUCUUGUUAGACGAGUGCCAUUGUUUGAUCAAAUGGAUGAAAGAAUGCUAGAUGCAAUAUGUGAAAGGCUUAAGCCGGCAUUAUGCACCGAAGGCACAUUUCUUGUGCGUGAAGGCGAUCCGGUCAACGAAAUGCUCUUUAUAAUUAGAGGUCAUCUUGACUCCUACACCACAAAUGGCGGCCGGACCGGGUUCUUUAACUCGUGCCAUAUCGGUCCGGCCGACUUUUGUGGCGAGGAACUACUGACGUGGGCAUUAGACCCACGUCCAGGUGCCAUCCUCCCGUCCUCAACUCGGACGGUCAAAGCCAUCUCCGAAGUUGAGGCUUUUGCCCUUGUGGCUGAGGACUUGAAAUUUGUUGCCUCACAAUUUAGAAGGCUCCACAGCAAACAACUAAGGCAUAAAUUUAGGUUUUAUUCCCACCAAUGGAGAUUAUGGGCCGCAUGUUUUAUACAGGCCGCUUGGCGCAGAUACAAAAAGCGCAAAGAAUUGGCUCAACUUCGGGCCUUGGAAAGCCCAAUAGUUCCUGAGCCCGAACCAGUGGCCCAACAUAAUUUGGACUUGGCUAUGUACGCGGCUAGGCUGGUCGCAAACACUCGGAAGCCCAUUAACAAACAUUCUGGGCCGGACUCUGGAGUCGUUAGCUCGUUGAGAAAACCAGCUGAGCCCGAUUUUUCAGUUUGUGAGGAAUGAAUGGAUAAUUAUUGAAACAUAAAUUUCUCAAAAAAAAAAGUAUUGAAAGAUAAAUAUAAAUAAAUAAAUUUUAUUUAUAAUAGAUAAUGGGCCGGGCUAGUCCUCUAUCGGAUCAGUAAUUGAUUCUAGGCCCAUUACCAGCACACACUUUCUUCAUUUAUAGUUUACAUACAACUGAAAGUUUAUAUAUUGUUAUGAAAAACUUUGGUUGUAGUUUACAUAGUCAGGAGUUAUUAAUGCUUGUAAAUUAUGUUCUUAAAAAAGUGUAUUAUUAUUAUU